AUGUCUAGGAGAAAGAUUCCAGAAGACCAUCCUGACAUUCCUGAUGGAGUCCUUUUUAAAAGUUCCUUGAAGGAAUUUCAAAAACUUGUUGACAAAAUAGUAGUUCAAAAGAGAGAGGAAAGGCUAGGAUUGUACACAAAAGAUGCUGAGGAAAUGGAUUAUGAUAAAUUCUAUGCUGCAGUCCAGGCUCUGUUUGGUCCAGAAGUGAAGUCUCAAGAUGUUAAAACCUUCUACAGAAAGAUUGGUAACAACCCAGAUGGGCGGACAGAAUGGUGUGAGAUUUUUGGCUAUUUCAUAAUGGAAGGUGACGCUCUUGCUGCCCAACUUGAUGAAGAAAACAUGGUUUUCCUGGUAUCGAAAAGGCAGCGGAUUACAAAAGCAGGAGUCAAGAGACGUGAUGUGAUAAAGUGCAUGGUAAAAAUAUCACAGCUGGAUUUUUUGGUAACAGCAUCUCAGAAAGGAACACUAACUGUUUUUACCAGCCAGAUGAGAGUGUUGACAACUACCAGCAUUCCAGACAGUCCAUGGAUUAAUGGAUGUGAUUACCUGUAUCAGCUCAAGCGGGUUGUGGCUGUGACUGAAAGAACCAUCAUCAUCUGGGAUUACAAAUCACAAGGGAAUGCUCUGGAUACUUGUUUCAUCAUCAAACCCAUGGAACACUGUCUGCUCUGCAUCUGUGCAGUUUACCAACCAGCAGAACAGCUUGUGAAGGAUGACAUCUUAUUGGGAGAUGAUGGAGGACAUGUCAAUUUGUUUACCUUAACUAGCGAUGAUUUUGGGCUAAAACAAUCCAAAAAGCAAGCACAAAUCCAAGUUUUAGACUCUAAGAAAUUCAGGCAUAUCAGACGCAAGCUGCAUGAUGACUGGGUUGUGAAAGUUAAGUACAUUCCAGCCUUGAAUUGUUUUGUGUCCUGCUCUUUGGACAGCAUUCAUUCACUUGUUUUGGAUGACCUGAAAAGACUGGAGGACAACUUACCUGUCAGGGAUUUUUCAGUACCAAGAGGAGUCAGUGCUUUCACAUACUGUGGAAAGGCCAAUAUCAUUGUUACUGGGGGAGAAGACAAAGUCCUUCGUUUGUGGCAUCCAAACAUCAACACCAAGCCAGUGGGGAAGCUGAUGGGGCACUUGUUUAGCAUCAUUGAGAUUGUCACCAAUGAAAAAGAUCAACACAUUAUUAGCCUUUCCACUGGGAAGAAUUUCAGAGUAUGGGAUAUCCAAACACUUUCACUGAUGCAAGUCUUCCAUGAUACCCAAGCAGAUCCCAGAGAAGCACAGAUUUUUGCUAUGUUAUUUGACAAUAACCAUGGCACACUCAUUACAGGAUCAGCUGUCAUUGAUAUUUAUCCUCUAACACGAAUGAUACAAGACACAAAGCAGGUCCCCCAGACACAUGAAAGAAACAUCAAUGUACUAUUAUACAAUAGUGCCUUUCACCAAGUUCUUACAAUCUGUUCGGAGUCUAUUGUAAAAAUCUGGGAACUGGAAUCAGGGCAGCUAAUAUACCAGAUUGAGGAUGCUCAUGGGCCUGGCAUUGAGUUGACAUGUGCAGCAAUUGAUAAAAAUGGAUUUCAUCUUGCAACUGGAGCAUGUGAUGGGACUGUAAAAACAUGGGACUUUGGCAGUGGACAACAACUGAAAACAUUGCCUCUACCCAAAGAAAGCUGUGACUAUGAACACUGGCUGAUUCAGAUGAUUUACCUGAAGGCUAGUGAGAGCAAACAUGUGAUCAUGGUGUUGGAGUACAGUGGAACAAUAAACAUUGUUCAGAGUAAUGAAGGUGAACCUCUUCUGAGUAUUACCUGGAGUCUUCCUGAAGCCCUAUCACUGGCACUUCAAGGCAAUCCACUAAUACCUUUAAGACUGAGUCCCAUUACGAGGAAAGCAAAUGGAUUUUUUCCAGAUGUUCAAUUAUUGCCUGAGAAGGAUCCUGUGGAAGCUGAUAUGGAGAAUCCUUUACCACCUGAAGUAAAAGUGAAGUGUUUUGAUGUACUAAGACUUGAAGGUUAUAAUUUGUUAGCAACUGCAAGUGAAAAUGGUGCUAUCAUCAUGUGGGAUUUUGAAUCUGCCAUUGCCAGACACAUAUUCAAAACCAGUCACGCUGAUAAAACACAUGGACCUAACAUACUUGGAAUCAAUAUGUUGCUAUUCCUCUGUCGAAGUGCUCUUUCUGCAAGGCAACUGAGUCAGUCCUCCACGUACAGUUCAGACCUUCAGAGCGAUGAAACUCCUACACAGGAGGCAGAAGGUGGCAACAGCAGCCCAAGCAUAAAGAGGGAAGCUGUUAAAAACGAGCCAUUCAUUGCAGCACAUACUCCAGGUAAGGAUUCAAUGGCCAAUUAUACACUGGCCAGUGUUUACUUCUGGAUGUUAAACAGAAAAAAAAAGAACUAUGGUAAAAAAAGUAAUAAUGAACUUUAUUUCAAAGCAGAAAGCCAAGGACAAACAAAACUACUGGAUUCACCUAACUUGGAGAACAAGAUAUUACUCGAUAAAUUAGAAGCUGGAGGAGAACAUAAAUACAUACCUAUCCUUGCCUCUGCCCAUGAAGAUGGUUGCAUGUAUCUCUGGACUAUAGAGGGGGAUCUACUGAGAGAAAUUUUACCUGUCACAAAACAUCCUGCAAUUCCUUUGACAGCUCUGUGCACUGAUGUAUCAGCUAAAAUGCUUUUUGCAGCUAACAAAGAGGGGCAUGUGAUACGAUGGAAUAUUGGUUCAUUCUUAGAAGAUCCACUUGAUGCCAACAAGCACGUGAAACAACAACUGUGCUGGCGAGCUCAUUCCUCCAAAAUAGUCAAUCUGUUCUGUGAUGAAGAAAGGGGAUUAGUAGUGACUGCUUCAACUGAUGGUUCUGUCAGGCUGUGGCGUGGAUCCAGUGGACACUACGUUGGGUAUUUUGGUCAGCGGCGGUUGUUUGAACUCUCAGAAUCCACAGAUAUCAUUUUGCCUUGUGACGUUAAUGAGCUUCCCUUCACAAUAAAAGACGACAGCAAGUAUACAGAGAAAAGACAGAAGUUUGAAUAUCCUCUAGUGCUUGACCGGGAAAGAUGGAAGCUGUUGACUAGAAGUUCUUUGUUUUUGAAAAAGCCUGGUCUUCUGGAAGUGGAACAAGAUUUCAAGUUUUUCAAAGCUCUAGCUUCACCUAAGAUUCAUAAAUAUCCUCUGGAAAGUUUCAGAUCUGGAAACAAAGAUACUGGUAUGGUGUUUGGGUCAAUACCUAUAUACCGGGUGAGUUCAAAAUAA